AUGGAAAACCACGACGACGACACCAACAACGACUUAGGCGACGAUUGCUGGAAUGAUGAUUUCAUUAAUUUAGAUUUUUUAAAAGAAUCCGAAGACAUGGAAAUUAUCAGUUUGGAUGAAUUAUAUAAACAGGUGAUGGAUGAAAACGACAACACCUCCACCACCAUCUCAACCACCAGCACCACAAUCACUAACACCAACACCACCAUCAGCAGCCACAACAACAACAACAUCAUCAACAAUGAAUGGAACGAAAGCGAAUGUUUAACUUCAGAUUUCAACCAAGUUGAUUUUAGUACACUUAGGCAAAGAUGGGGCUCAGAUGACUUUACCACCGAUAUCUGCCUUGAAAACUACUGCACUGCUAUUCCUACAGCUGUAAGUUGUGACAACAACAACAACUACCAUAAUAAUAAUAACAACAACAACAAUGACAUCAACAACAACAACAGUAAUAUUUGCAACAACAAUAAGGAUGACUUUUUCAGAGAAGUAUUCCAGUUUGAGAAAAUUAACAAAGCCGUUGUCAAACGUCAUGAACAUGAUUUUAACAACAACAACAACUACUACUACUACAACAACAACUACAACAACAAUAGUAAUAAUAACAUUAACAACAACGAUAUUAAUGUCUUCAAUACUGAUUUGUUCUUUGAGGACAACCUCAAUUUUUCUGUCAACUAUCAUGAUUAUAAUAAUAAUAAUAAUAAUAAUAAUAACAACAACAACAACAGUAGCAGCAACAACAACAAUGUCCACAACAACAACAAUAAUGGUGUUAUUAUCCACAAUGACUUUCAACAAUUGCUGGUUUCUUCGAUGGAUGUUGACAACAAUUCGGCUGUUGUCAAAGAUGCUAAUUUUCAAAUGUGGCAACGGCAGCAGCAACAACAGCAACAUUUAGACCAGCAACAACAUCAGCAACACUUGCAACACCAACAAUAUAUGGAAAUUCAGCAGCAACAACCACAACAAACACCAAACCGUGAAUCGAAUAGUCCACAAAAAUGUUACCAGCCAUUGUUGAAAAAACGAAAACUGGAACAACAUUUUCCACAACAACCUCAACAUCUUUAUUUAGAUCUACAAUUUCAAAAACAGCAACAACAACAAGAAGAACGGGGACAACAACAGCUACCACAACAACAGCUGCAGCAACUGACGCAGCAGCAGUCUCAGGAGCAGCAGCUGCCGCAACAACAACAGCUGCAACAACUUAGACAGCAACAGUCCCAAGAACAACAGCAGUCUCAGGAGCAGCAGUUGCCGCAACAACAACAGCAGCAACGUAGACAGAAGAAGUCUCAAAAAAAACAGAAAUCUCAAAAACAACAGCAAAAAACCCCGAAAUCAAAACCAAACUUCCCGUUCCCAGUUUCGUUAUUGAGAGGAAAAUUUUCAUCACCAUCAUCUUCUAAUAUUAUUAUUCCAUCAGCACCAGCUCCAGCAGCAAAUCGAGCUAGGAACAAAAACAAGAAUGAAAAGAAGAAGGAACAUAAAUCCGUACAAUGCGACAAAUGUAAGAAAUGGUUCUACGACGUACAAUCCCUGAAAAAACAUAUGAGGAUUCAUCUUGGACAGAAACUCUAUAUCUGCCUCGUCUGCAGUAUAUACCGUAGCACCCAAUCAACGAAUGUUAACAGGCACAUCAGAAUCAAACAUUCUUCUCUCCUGGAAUCUCUGCCUCCUGGCGCUUCUCCAUCAAUGUUAAUAUAUGGAAGUUUACUGAGAAGUUCUCCUGAGGAUCGACUGCAGGCUGAAAUCCCUGAUUUCCCUGCCGACUGUACUAUGAGAUCUUCAACACAUUCCAUGUGCGCUCAGAACGGUGUAGUGGUUACGGCGUUUGAUCUGGCUGUAGCGGUGACCGCAUUCGAAUGCAAAGAGAUUUCAGCCUCAACGUAUGAUGCAGUGGCGAAUCCAGAACCAUGUUUCAAGAGGAAUCUUCAAAAGUUUAAUUUUUUUAGAUCUUGCGGGAGGGAGGCGUUGCCGCACCCCCACUCUAGGUUCGCCACUGGUUAA